AAUUGUUAAACGGAUGUUUAAAUACACUCACAAACACACUUAAGCAACAAUGGCUACUUUUGCGAAUAAUUGCGAGGAAUAAAUAUUUUAAUGCGGCCAUCCCACUACCACUAUUGUUAAAUUAAAGUGAAGAAAUUAGCCCAAGUUAUGUGCUAUUUCAAUUAGCUUAAAGGUAAGCAACAAUUAAUUGUUUGUACUUCCCCCAAUUCAAUAAUCGUAAAUACAAAUACUACAGUAGCUGAAGUCGCUUCCAGCAAGCUGGAGUGGCAAUAACCGGGUUGGAAGCAGCUCUGUGUAGGUCAUACAUAACCGAUGGUGAUGGUACCGCUCUUGGUACUCGUCGUUUCGUUUCGUCUUGAGACUGACACCUGAGUGAUGAAUUAAAUAUAAACAAUUUGUUUGUUACCGAACACUCCCGAUAGUCAUGGUGCGAUGCUGCAAUGCUGGGAGUUGGUGCGGUGUUAAUUUUUUUACUCGCUUUUGGACGAAGUCAGCGACAAAUUGGUGAUUAUGAGCAAAUAAAACAACUAGUCACACAAUGGGCACCGCUAAUUUGGAUGUCACCUCAUGAAAAAUAUUAUCCAUCGAGCGUGGAGACGUUCUUUGAAAAUGUUUACUUGGCGAAUCAAAAUGAGAAAUUAAUUAUGCCUGCUGUUAGUAAAGAACAUUUUCCAAUGUUAAAUACCAAGUCUUUAUUCCUAGUCACAACACAUAGCGUAGAAUAUUUAAAAAGCGAUAAAUUAACUUCUCUCCAUGGCCAUAAUCCGAAGCUGCACCCGGUGCCCACUUACGCCGUCGUAUCGACUUGCACCAAUAAACCAAAUCAUUACAAAAAACCCUCCUUUACCGUCACUUAUUGGGCCUUUUAUCCGUACAAUCAAGGCAAAAAAAUUUGUUUCAUAGGCAAUGUUCCCACUUUGACAAUCUUCGGCAAAUGUUUUGGGCAUUUGAAAACGAUGGGUUCGCAUGUCGGUGACUGGGAACAUGUGACCCUGUCCUUCAAGGGCCACCCUUUCCCUUCAGAACUGUACACAGCCAUACAUAACACUGGGGGUUAUUACAAAUACGAGCCCCACCACAAGCACUUUAUCCUAGAUUCAAAAAAAAACCACCGAAGAGUACAAGGCCCUAAACUUCCGCCUAUUGUAAGAGUACAAAACGGCCACCCUGUGCUAUUUUCCGCCAACGGCUCGCACGGCCUUUGGCCCUCCCCUGGAGAACACGAAUAUUUAAAAGUCCCCUAUUUAACGGACGAGUGUGGGUACGGAGUGCCGUGGAAAACGUGGGAAAAUCUGGAUAUUCUCCACUUGGGGACGCGCAAUUUACCCAAAUGGUUGUUCUUCAAAGGAAAAUGGGGGAACCCCAAGAAGAAUUGUGUCCUGUCCGGGAAACUGGGCCUUUGUGAGUACACAGACGGGCCACCUGGGAUUCUAAGGAACCAACAGGAGUUUUCAUGCUGAUUGUAACCCUUUGUGAUAUUUAUUAUAAUAAAAUUGUUUGUUAGU